CGGCCGCGACCGGGAGGUCCGUGGGGCGACGCACAAUUGGCAUAGCGUCGUCCGGGGUAGGGAGGGUUUGGCCGGUAGGGAUAUCCUUGUCUCAUCGCGCUCCAGCGACUCCUGUGGCAGGUCGGGCGCAGUGCGCGCCAACCAAGGGGGCCAGGUACACGGUGUUUCCUCCGACACAUUGGUGCGGCUGGCUUCCGGGUUGGAGGCGCGCUGUGUUAAGAAGCAGUACGGCUGGUUAGGUUGUGCUUCGGAGGACGCAUGGCUUUCGACCUUCGUCUCUCCCGAGCCCGUACGGGAGUUGUAGCGAUGAGACAAGGUAGUAAUUACUAGCGAUUGGAUACCACGAAAAUUGGGGAGAAAAUGGGAUAAAAAAAAAUAAAAUAAAAAAGAAAUGUUUGAGUAAUAUAAUAUAAACAAUUUAGAAGCUUUAAUCGAAAGGGACUUACAGUCAGUCAUGUGUGAAUAUAUUUUUAAGUAUGGGUGUUCCUGGGACUCAAACACACUAUUCUAGCGUUGCAAUGCUCUACGAAGAUGCAUGACAGGGUUAUAAAUGCUUUGUGAAGCCUCAAUAUAAUAUGAUUUAUAAGGCCUUUAAAGCACAGGUUUAUGUCACAUUUGACAUGGGUGGUUAUGCCACAUUUAUGAACCCUUUACAAAGCAUGACAUAUGGUUAAAGAUGAUUUGUAACACAUGUAUGUAGUGUUUAUGAAGGCUUUAUGAUGACUUUAUGAGCUGCACUUCAUUUAAAGCAGCAUCGAAGUUGGUCUGUCAGUCACACUAGUCAUUGCUAGUCACAGUCAUUACAACAGAAUAGCUCUGCUCAAGGAAGUUAGGGUUGAAAUGUGUUGCUAAUUGAGACAUGAAACAAUGUCCAAUUUUUAAAAAACAGAACAAAGGGAUGCUGAAAAAACUGUUUUUCCAAAUUUCUGGCACUCCCACCUGAAGAGAGAAGUCCAUGUGCAGCCCAUUUCCAUUGCUUGGUUCAGGCUGUGAGGUAGGAGUUGAUACAUUCUGUCGAUUCAAGGUUACAUCAGCAGUUUCCAUGGCACUGUGAGAGGUUGGGAAUCCCCUGCUGACUGCCUGACGAAUUUCUGGGAAUUGUAGCUAUUGACCCUUAGUCAUGGUGACACUUGCCAUAGGGCCAAGCAGCCUUCCACAACUCCCUGGCUCUCCUUUACCACCCAGUAGAAGAUUAACAUCCUAAUCAUGUACAAAUAUGCAGUGCCACUAUCAUAGCCUUUCCUUGAACACAAGGUUAAUUACUAGAGAUUACAUGACUAACACUGUCAGAGUAUAAAGGAAUAGCUGUGCGAAAUAAGUGCAAUAUCCAUUGUUAAACAGUCUCAUACUGCUUAUUUUAGAAACUAGGAUGGUUUUCGUACGACAUUGUUUCUUGUGAAAAGAGGUGCACAUAGCGUGUCAUUGUUGGUCUUAUGUUAUCUGUCAGGGAUCCCUGUGGAAUGACUUCCCAAAAACCAAGUGUUCUUGGAACUGUUACAGUGAAUUUCUGCUUGGCUUCUGGCCAAAAACAAGAGAUACCAUUACACAUACAACCCUCUUAGUACUGGCUAGUUGUUUGUUGACUGGACAACUACAUAACUCUGUAGUGACAGUGGCAUCGGCAGGCCAGCUCCAACUUUACGGUUGACAUGAGGCGAGCAUGGGGCAAAUUACUCACCUACGGAUGACCGCCACAGUCUAUUAGGAUUUGACUGCUGCAAGGGGUUGUUAAUUGUUAAGGUACUAAACAUUCAUGGCCUAUGAAACAGGAGAACAUGAGAACAGUCACUGGCACCGUCAUCCUCCAUUUGGCAUCAUCAUCAGGUCUCUGUAGCUCCAGCCGUUGGUAAUUACAUGUCUCUGUCACAGCAGAACAAAGUACUGAUUGACAAUCCCCUUGCCGCCACUGGAGGACUGCCAUCUAUUGUGCCAUGCCUUACUUACCUGCAGAAUCUAUAUCUUUCAUGCCAGGACAUUAUCAAGGGCUCUCUUUCCCGGAAUAGGCUUACCCAACAAAGAUCCCAGCAUAGAUCUGGCAGGCGUUGAAUAGAGUUAUGUGAAACUGGUAAGAAUUGACAUAAUGUGGUGUUUAUGUGACAUGACACUUUAAAGAGACUUCACAGUGAUUAGAUAAUCAUUCCUAAUAACCGAUCUGAACAAGUUUUACGAGAUACAAGUUUGAACAAGCAAGUUUAUUAGGACUCUGAUGGGUUUAGUUAUGUGUCAGAUAACAAAAUGGGAAAACGGCAGUGCCAGUCCUAUGUUCUGCAGCUUAUUUCGUUACGAGCUACUGGUCCAUUUUGUGUGCAGAGAUGUUCUAAACAACGUAAGAGAUUUAAUGAUAAGUACUUUGUAUUGAGAAGCCAUAUUGUCUACCCUUUUGAUAAAACGCAUUGUAAAACGAGUUGUUCUAAUCACUGGGUUUGGAAGGAGAAGGCUGCCUCUGGCUUGAUCCAUCAUAGAGACUGGGUGGCAUAUAAUAGCAAAACGAGCUGGAAGGGAGACACAUUUAGCUCAACGCAGGAUCAAAGUAAACACUAAGCCUUCGUCUCUCUUCAUGCCUCAUCAGUCUUCAUAAGCGUUUCAGCCUAGACCUGACACGGGGUUAGUAAGACAACCACUGGAAUGUACAGUUUAUGCUACAGUGUAUUUGAGAAGGUUCCACACAAUUCAUAUCUGGGAGACAGGUAAGGGCAGACAAACACAUCAUAGAGGUAGCCUGCCUCAGACGUGUCUGUCCCCUCUGUCACACAGUAAAACACAUACAUAAAAGAAAGAAUACUGACUUACAGUAACAGCCCCCCUCCUACAUACACACAAACAGCCACAAACCAACACACGUUGACACAAGCCACACACCCACGCACAGGACUGAGGCCAUCCUCUAUUAUCAGUUCUCAUAUGUUGCUUAUCUCCCCAUCAAUGGUGAAAAUGAUUUACAGACAUUAUUGCCUGGAGGCGUAACUGCAGUGAAAGUAUUCUUAAACUCAGAAGAAAGCGCUGGCAGAGCCUCUAUUUAGUUUUCUUUAAAAAGGUGAGAGGUCAAGGGGCGUACUGAGCUGAAGCAUGGUUUACGGGAAAUGGGUGCGUGACUUGAGGACAGUGAAAGUGAAAGGAGUUCUACGGUGAGGAUAUAAAGCUGUGCCUGAACCACAGUAGUCCAUUGAUCUGCAGAUCCUUGUCUAACGCAUUAAGACAGAGCACAACUGAGACAGGAUGUCUUUACGGGUGGCUGCACUUCUUCUGUUGGCAUCAGUCCUCUGGAGCCAUGUAGCAGCAAGCACAGAUCAGGCAUUGGACUGCUGCUUGACAACGACCGAUACCAAGCUUCCCCACAGAGUGGUGAAAUCAUACAGUAUCCAGACAGUCAGUGGAGGAUGUCGGAUAGCUGCCACUGUGUUUGUCACGAAGAAGAAUCAUAGACUGUGUGCUCCUCCUGCCACCAAGAACAACUGGGUGGCCAAACUCAUCAAGCAACUGAAGAGGAAAUCGCAUAAGGGAAAGGCCAGAAAAGGGAAGAAUGGCAAGAGAAGACACUGAAAGGCACUGAUAUGGGUGAUCCUUAAACCUCGGAGCUCCAGUAUACGUCCUUUGAGAAGAUUCAAUAUUUAAAAUAUUUUGUGAAUGGGACUGAAAGUUAGUUCUCAUUUUAAGGUGGAUGGCACUGUGAUACCGUUGAAUUAUUUUUGACCAACACUGUGUCAUGUGUCGUGUAUUGCAGAACAUUAUUGUCAAAAUGUUGCUCACAGUUACUAUAAGCUUGAUUUUAUAUUGUAUAACUCAUUUUAUGUAAAUAAAUAACUGUUUAUUUUUUUAAGAA